UAAUGAACGAUGAUCGUCCUUCAGAUUUCAGGGGUUACAUACAUAACCUAAAACUGUUUUGAUUUUUCAAUUUUAUUUCAAAAUAAUAAUUGUUUGUAGUAAAAAUUUGAGUUUUAAUAGUGACUUUGGAAAACAUAUGUGUUUUCUAUGUAAGUUAUCUUUAAACCAUUGAAUUAAAGAUGUGGACUUUAAACACUUAUUAGCUACUCCCUAACAUGUCAUAUUUGAAGGUGCUUCACUGCACUCUAUGCAUCAAACAGGGUGCUCUUAAUCUUUCUAACAAAUCAGUACUGUUGAAAAUCGGAAACAAACCAGCACUACAUCAUUUGAUAAAAAUUUCUACAUCAUGCCACCUUAAUGCUAAUCCACCAUUGACAUCUCAAAGUACUACAGCAAAGGCGAAAAAUAAAAAAGUACCUGAAGACACAAGAAUAUGGAAAGAAACACCAACUCAAGAUGUAAAAAAUAAUUUAGUUCAAUAUAGCAUGAUGCUGUCCAAGUUUCGACUGACAUCUCUAGUAGUGAUGACAUCAAUGGCUGGAUAUGCUCUUGCACCAGCACCAUUUGAUUUGACCACAUUUGCUAUAUGUUCUGUGGGCACAGGACUUGUUAGUUCUGCAGCAAACUCCAUUAACCAGUUUCAUGAAAUGCCAUUUGAUGCACAGAUGUCACGGACUAAGAACAGAGUACUUGUGAAAGGGCUAUUAGAACCAUCUCAUGCUAUAGGGUUUGCAGCAGCAACCAGUGUCACAGGACUUAGCAUGUUAUACUUUGGAGUGAACCCUCUAACAGCUGCGCUGGGUGCUGGCAACCUUAUUCUGUAUACGUCCAUAUAUACACCACUUAAGAGAUUAUCUAUUGUUAAUACCUGGUUGGGAUCUAUAGUCGGUGCGAUCCCGCCGCUGAUGGGCUGGGCGGGGUGCGCGGGCGAGUUGGGUGCGGGCGCGCUGGUGCUGAGCGCGCUGCUCUACAGCUGGCAGUUCCCGCACUUCAACGCGCUGUCGUGGAACCUGCGCCCCGACUACUCGCGCGCCGGCUACCGGAUGAUGGCCGUCACCGACCCGGCUCUGUGCAGGCGAGUGGCUCUCCGACACACGGGCAUAAUAACAGCGACGUGCCUCGCCUCGCCCUACCUCGAGGUUACCAACAUGUGGUUCGCGAUCGAAUCAUUACCACUUAAUAUUUAUUUUAUGUACUUAGCUUGGCAGUUCUACAAGAAAUCGGACAGCGGCAGUUCAAGGAAGCUCUUCCGGUUCUCUCUAAUACACUUGCCAGCGCUCAUGUUUCUAAUGCUAGUCAACAAAAAAUACUGGACUUCGAGCGAUACUCAGGAACAAAAGGACUCCAAACCACAGGAUAUAAAGCAUCCAGAGACAAAGAGAAUAACAGUCCUGCCUAGAGGACCUGUAGUAGCCGCCCAAGAUUCUACGAUUCACAAAUAAUCAAAGAUUUUCUACUAUUAGAUAUGUUACAUACGUACAUCACCGCAAAAAGUAAUCAGCAUUUAGGCUACUCCACUGAAUGCACACAUGCAGUUUUGUGUUUACUUAUGUUAUAUACGUAUGUAUAUAAUUAUAUAUAGUUUUUGCACUUCCUAAACUUAGAACUCGACAUUGUAGACAAUAUUUAGGUAUUAUUUGUUAAAAUAACUUUCGUUGUUUACAAUGAUACAAAAUGAAAUUAAGACAAUUAGCCACUUUCGUCCGCUUCAGCUUUGACUUUCUAGUGACAUAUCUAUAGUACAAAAUCUUUGCAAAUAAUACUACAGUAACAAAUUAUAGUUAAUUUUAGUAGGUAUUCCUUUUUCUGUAAAUAAUGUACAAUAAUUUUUUUUGUGAUGUUAUUUAUAGAGUCUGUGUAAGAUAAAAUCGCGUUAUCAUAAAGAUUAAUAAAAAUAAAUUAUUUUUUUGAUGCUAGAUUAGUUCCUUAUCUAAGGAUAAAGGAAUAAAAGAAAUAGACAAAUAAUAAAAACCUUAUAUUUAUUUUGUU